AUAUAUAACAUAGGACGUCAAUGGGAUAAACUUUUGUAAGUCAUUCUGAAACUGCAAGUAAAACGAAAUUUUCAUUUUAUUUUAGGUCGAAAGCGUUGUAUAUGUUCAUUGUUAUAUGCUAUUAUGUAUUGCUGUAUGUUAAAUGAUAGGAGGAAGAAAGAAGACAAAGUGAGUUUUAGAAGAACAGAGAAUAUGGAUCCGUGCAAUUCAGUUGUGGAUAAGUGUUUAACGGUAGAAUGACGUUUCUGAUUUCAGGCGAGAUGAUUAUGUUCCCCGCGAAAGGAGCAGAGCUCGUGUACGACAGCUACCCGGAUUUCGACUCGACGAAUCUGAAGAAAUACGUGUGUAGCUGCGGCAAGGUGUACAGUCAAAAGAGUUCACUUUACCGACACAUGCGUUAUGAGUGCGGGAAAGUGCCAAACGUGCCGUGCCCUCAAUGCGAGAAGAUGUUUAAACACAGGCACCACAUGACGCAGCACCUAAGAAGUUGUCGCCACGGAGAUCUAUUUACUAAUUGUUACGUAACUCGAACGUAACUUUACUUUUGUAACAUAGCUCGACAGUUCCGUUUAUACGAGCCGAAAUAAAACAUUUCUUCAAUCCCAUUUCGUAGACACGUACGUUUGAGGAUGUAUUGGCUAUACAUUCAAUUCCAAAAGUUUAUGCACUUUAGAAACGCAUUUUUUAAAAAGAAAUCAGAC